ACUAUGGCUGUGGAACAGCAGCGGCGGUCGCCUUGCCAACGCCUGUAAACAACUCAUUUUCGAAAAACCUUUCGCGCAGUUUAGCUGUUCAAAGUCAAAAUUCUCAGUGUUUCAACCCAGUUUUGCAAAAACCAGGAAAAAUGUCUUGCUGCCCUAGCCCCUGCUGCGCCCCGUGUUGUGCCCCCUGUUGCACCCCGUGCUGCGCCCCCUGCUGCGUCCCGUGCUGCCCCCCGCCCUGUGUGUACGUGCCCUGCGUGGUGCCCUGCUGCGCCCCCUGCCCGUGCCCCUGCCCCCCGCCCUGCUGCCCGCCCUCCAACGGGAACGGAAACGGAAAAAAAUGCUGCUAGAGGAGUAGACCAAAAAAGUCGCAUUUUUUAAUUUUCGGAAGUUUGUCAAAAUUUUUGUAAUUCUAAAUUUCAUGUAAAUAUAUUAAUAAAUCAAAAACCCAAUUAGUCGCCUGUGACCCCCAUCGCCCUGGUAACCCGCGUAAACAACUCAGUUUGGAAAAAAACCUGAACCGUUUAGACGCGUUUUUCAAAAUUCCCAGUUCUUUUCCUUAAAAUGUCGUGCCCCCCUUGCUGCUGCCCGCCUUGCGCCCCCACGUCGUGCUGUGUUCCUGUCCAGGUGUGCCCGUGCGCGCCGCCUCCGCCGUGUCCCUGUGCGCCCCUUUGCGUGCCCUGUUGCCCCCAGCCGUGCGUCCUGAUGCCCUGUUGUCAGAUUUGUCCGCCGACUUGCGCUCCUUGCUGUUGCCCCCCAUGCUGUGAUGGGGGCUCCUCCUGUUGACCCAAUGCGCUGUAAUAAAGGCUCUUGACGAAAUUUGCGUUUUAUUUUGCGCACCAGUGAUAAGCGGUUAUUAUGCGGUUAGAGAGUGAUAAGAGUUAUGGAAAGUGUGUUAAAAGCCGAACGGAAAAAGAAAAUUAACACAAAAAGUUUCUUUUCGGGUUUCGUGAGAAAUGAGCACUUGUGUGAAUUACCAGAGAGUUUAAAAUCGAGGUUUUUGAGUGAGAAAUUGGAAAAGCUUUGGUUUGGUUUGAAACCAAAAAAGAAAAAGCCUUCAAUCAUUGAGCCGCUCUUAAAAUGUCAUUUCUUGACUUACUUUUUCUUAGGUCUGACUCAAUUAAUCGUUAAAACUUUGUUAAUUGUUGGGUACCCUUUCCUUAUUGACAGAUUUUUCGGCAUUUCAUUGGUUGUUUUAUUUCUUUUGGAAACUGCCUACGACCAGUGGUAUAUGUUUAAACUCAAAAUUUUGCAAUUACAAGUCGAAACGGCCCUUUGUGGCCUCAUUUACCGCAAAAGUCUAAAGCUGCCCCAAGUGCCUUUCGGCAAAAUUUUGACUUUUAUGACAAAGGAUUGCCACAAUCUUAACACUUCUCUACGAAGAGCAAACGACGUCUGGAUCUAUACUUUGCAGUCAAUUUUCUUGAUUUAUUUGAUUUUUAGAAAUGUUGGUUUGGCGGUUUUAGUGCCAUUGUUCUGUUUCCUAAUCAUACUACCACAGCAGAUCCGCUUGGCCCUCAAAUCAAAAAUUUUGAAAACGAAAUUGUUGCAAACAACAGAUAGCCGGUUCAAACUCGCUCAAACCGUCCUACCCGGCAUAAAAUCGGUGAAAUUGAACAAGGCGGAGGCGUAUUUCGGGGAAAAACUCCACAAAAUUCGACUGGAGGAGGUCGGUUUCACUCACAAACUCUUCCUCCUCAAGUUCCUGAUCGCCUCAAACGCCAGUCUCUGGAUUUGCGCCAGUUUCUUCCCCUGGACGGCCAUCUUCCUCAAAGACACGUCCCUGGCCGUGAUUUUCUACCUCUUCCAGAUUUACCAAAUUUUGGGACACGUGCUUUUAUCAACCGUGCCGUUUUCCAUAAGUCAGAGUGCGCAAACUUUGGCCACCAUCGCGCGAAUCGACGAUUUUUUGCAAUCGGGGGAAGUACCACCAAAAGCACAAGCGUUUAACAAAACUCCACAAAUAACCCUAAAAGGGGUGACAGUGGCCGUGAAUAGGGAAACCGUCCUUCGCGACAUUAGCCUUGAUCUCAGGGCGGGUCUACACCAAGUAAUUGGCGCAGUCGGUAGUGGCAAAAGUUUCCUUUUGAAAACCAUUCUUGGCGAGUGCCGACCAAUCAGAGGCGAGGUUUUGGUUCAAGGUUCGUGCUCUUAUUCGGCGCAAAAACCUUGGGUUUUUGCCUCCACGGUGCGGGAAAAUAUCGUAUUUGGGGAAAAUUUUGAUGAGGGGAGGUAUAAUAGGGUUUUGCACGUUUGUAGUCUCCAAAAACUGGACUUGGACACGGUUCAAAGUUUGAGUCAGGGGCAAAAAGCCAAGAUUAACUUGGCGAGAGCUAUUUACAAAAACUGUGAUGUUUACUUACUCGACGACCCUUUGGCUGGUUUGGAUUAUGCGACCAGGAGGUUGAUUUUUCAAAAAUGUGCCGCAUUUCUUCGAGGGAAACUUGUGAUUUUCGCAGCGAGGGAAAUGUACGACUGUGCGAAUUGUGUGGUUUUGGAGAAGGGAAAAAUAAUAUGUUUUGAAAAGUUUGAUACAAUAAACGAAAAUUUUGACCACCAGUGCCCCGAAGGAACAAUUGAGGAAGACAGUGUCGAAAACGCGAGCGAGGAAACUCAAUUGUUGGCGAAACCUUUGCUCGGGAUUUUUUUUGAGGAAAAAAUUAAACUCGGGAGAGUUGAUUUAAAAGUUUACAAGAAGUGGACCAAAACAAGCGGUUUUCCGCUCUUCAUUUUUGUCAUUUUUCUAGUGGCUUGUUUGCCACCAAUGGCCAAAAUUUUUGACUCGUCUUUAACUUCCUGGAACACCGCUCAAACCGAGCGAAAGAAUGUCAUAACGAGACAUAUCGCUCUAUUUACGAUCUAUCUCAUUUUCGUCGUACUUUCCACUGUUGUGUUCCUCAUUUUUGCCAAAAAGGCCUCAAUCAAGCUUCAUAAAUUAUUGUCACAAGCCGUAUUAAACGCCGAUUUGGCGUUUUUUGACAAGAAUCUAAGUGGGCAAAUUUUGGGUCGAUUUUCGCACGAUUUGCUCGUUUCGGACGAAGUUUUACCGUUCUUGUUUUACGACUCAUGUCAGACAUUGUUUAGCGCAAUAGGGGGCAUGAUUGGGCUAAUUUUGGUACAAAAAAUAUUUAUAGUGGGUGUUAUACUUCUUAUUUUUGGUGUCGCAACUUUGCGAAGAAAAUUUCUUUCGGUUGCGACUGACUUGAAACGACUGGAGGCCACAGCCAAAAGUUCAAUUAUUGAUUAUUUUAACUCAAGUGUAGUUGGAUUGGCAACAAUAAGGGCCAGAAACAACAAUUCUUUGUUCCACCAAGAGUUCGAAACCCGGCUCGAUUUGUACACAUCUGCCUCUUUUACGUAUUUGUGUACCAAAAGUAUUUUUUUUAUUUCCUUCAAUUUACUUGUUUCGGUCUUCCUUGGUGUAACAGUCACCCGAUUUUUGGAGCCACCUGUUAUACAAGCUGCCCUUUUUGCCGUCCAAAUUUUGCGCAAGGGGUUGUUAAAAUGGACCGAAUUCGAAACAAACUUAGUUUCAGUGGAGCGAAUUUUGAACUAUUCUGAUCAGGGAAAAAUCAAAUCGAAAAUCGACAAAAUUCCAUUCGGAAUUUCCCCUAAAGCAAAACUUGGCAUAAUGGGCGAGAGUGGGGCCGGAAAAACAGCCCUACUUUUCACGCUAGUCGCUCGGCAUGGAAAAGUUUCAGGUUUUUCAGAAGACUCGAUUUUUUUUCAGUCAACAGUGCGCGAAAACGUUGAUCCGUUUAGAAAACACAGAGAUGCAGAAAUUCGGAGCGUUUUGAAAACUUUGAAUUUCAAUAGAUUUGUCUUUGAUUUGGACGAAGAAUUGUUUGAUCUCAGUGAGGGACAAAAAGAAUUGAUUUGCCUGGCAAGGCUAGUCUUGGACAAUAGUGAUUUCGUAAUCAUUGACAAUCCUAGUGUUUUUCUCGACCUCGAACUUUUCUCGGGCCGUACUGUUGUAGUCGUUAGUCACAAUCCCCGGAUCUUGGAACAGUGUGACAAAAUUGUGUUUUUGUCCGGAAAUGGUGUAUGGUGUGUUGCAUAACCGAAUCA